AUGAAUCCCAUAGCUAUGGCCAGAGCACGAGGUCCUGCCCAAAAUUCGGGACCAACAAUACAAGACUACUUGAACAGGCCAAGACCAACAUGGGAAGAAGUGAAAGAGCAACUAGAAAAGAAAAAGAAAGGAUCCAAGGCUUUGGCUGAGUUUGAAGAAAAGAUGAACGAGAAUUGGAAGAAAGAACUGGAAAAACACAGGGAGAAAUUACUGGGUGGAAAUGAGAGUUCCUCCAAAAAGAAGGAGAAAAAGAAAAAAGAGAAGAAGAAAUCUAAUAGGUUGUCUUCAUCUUCCUCUUCUUCAUCAAGCUCUGAUUCUUCCAGCAGUUCAUCUGAUUCAGAAGAUGAGGAUAAAAAGCAAGUGAAGAAAAGAAGGAAGAAGAAGUAUCGCUCCUCACGGAAAUCUUCAGCAAGCUCAUCUUCUGAAUCUGAGUCAGACAGCAAGGACAGCACAAAAAAGAAAAGGUCAAAGGAAGAUUAUGAAAAAGAAAAGGAAGGCAAAAAUCACCACAGGAAAAGGAAGAAAGCGGAUCGUGGUGAUGGACCUUUAUCAUCAGAAUCCUUGUCCGAAUCGGAUCAGACAGAGGAGGUUCAGGCGAAAAAGAAGAAAAACAACGAGGAAAAAGAGAAAACAGCAAGUAUCCUCCUUACUUAUACUAUAGUUUUAGGAUACAAACACUCUUUACUUGGUUAA